UUCUUUGUUGUGAAAAUGCUGUCUGUUACUGUAUUGUGGCUGCGUUUUAGACGCAGCACACAUACAGAGGAUGAAUUCCACGCUGAGAUUUUAAACCAAAUCUGCUGCUUCUCUUUCCCAAAUCAGGAAUCAGGUUCCAUCUUUCUCCAGUUCAGCUCCUCUACUGCCCUCCAAUUAGAGGUCAUCUUUGAGGUGCUGGAGGAGUAUGAUUGGACGUCCUUUUCCGUGGUGUCCACGCGCCACCAUGGCUACCAGGACUUCCUGUCGGUGGUGGAGGGCCUGACCGACGGCUCGUUCAUCGGCUGGGAGAAGAAGAGUGUGGUGAUCCUGAACGUGACCGACGACCCUGGGGGGGCACGCACGCGCAGGCUGCUGAAGGAGAACGAGGCGCAGGUACGCUUGCUGUACUGCUCCCAGGAGGAGGCUGAGCUGGUCUUCCGAGCCGCCUGGGCCGCCGGUCAGGCCGGAGCCUCGCACAUGUGGUUCGCCGUGGGGCCAGCUCUCUCAGGUUUGAGCAUGGAGAGCCUGCCCCGGGCUCUGUUUGCAGUGCGGCCUCAGGGCUGGAGGGACGAACCUCGCCGGAGGAUUGCUCGGGGUGUGUCUGUGCUGACUCACGGGGCAGUGGCUAUGCGCAAGGAUUACGGAACCACGGGUGGGCCCAACUUUGUCACUAACUGCAUGACGGACGCCAAUCAAACCCAGAGACUACGAGGCAGGAUGAGAUAUUUCGGCAACAUCACGCUUGGUGGUCGAGACUAUUCCUUCAAUAGCGACGGUUACCUGGCCAACCCCUUCCUGGAUGUAAUUUCCUGGACCCCUGGACGCGGAUGGGAAGAUGUAGGCUGGUGGGAGAACGGCGUGCUGAGGCUUCGGUACCCAGCCUGGUCUCGCUACGGGCCAUUCCUUAAACCACCUGAUGAUGCCCAGCACCUGCGCGUUGUCACACUGGAGGAAAGGCCAUUUGUCAUUGUGGAGCUGGCGGACGCUGCAUCGGGGACCUGCAUCCGUGACUCAGUGCCCUGCAGACGACCCCUUAACGCCAGUGCCAUCCACGAGGGUGUGGCUCCCAUGAAGCAGUGCUGCAAGGGCUUCUGCAUCGACAUCCUCAAGAGGUUGGCCAAGAUUGUCGGCUUCACCUAUGACCUUUACUUAGUGACCAAUGGGAAGCAUGGGAAGAAAAUUGAUGGGGUUUGGAACGGCAUGAUUGGAGAGGUGGUUUACAAGCGAGCCGACAUGGCCAUUGGCUCGCUGACUAUAAAUGAGGAGAGGUCAGAGGUCGUGGAUUUCUCCGUCCCUUUUGUGGAGACGGGGAUCAGUGUCAUGGUCUCCCGUAGCAACGGAACUGUAUCACCAUCCGCUUUCUUAGAGCCCUACAGUCCAGCAGUUUGGGUGAUGAUGUUCGUCAUGUGCCUGACUGUAGUGGCUGUGACCGUCUUCAUUUUUGAGUUCUUCAGCCCUGUGGGCUACAAUCGCAGUCUCCAGACCGGCAAGAAGGCUGGAGGAUCUACUUUCACUAUCGGAAAGUCUGUUUGGCUUUUGUGGGCUAUUGUCUUCAACAACUCUGUGCCGGUGGAGAACCCCAGAGGAACCACCAGCAAGAUCAUGGUGCUGAUCUGGGCCUUCUUUGCUGUCAUCUUUCUGGCCUCCUACACUGCUAACCUGGCCGCCUUUAUGAUCCAGGAGGAGUACAUUGACACAGUGUCAGGCCUCUCGGACAAGAAGUUUCAGCAUCCCGAGGAGCAGUACCCACCUCUGAAGUUUGGCACGGUGCCCAACGGGAGCACAGAAAAAAACAUCCGCUCCAACUACCCAGACAUGCACCAGUACAUGGGCAAAUACAACCAGAGAGGAGUGGAGGACGCCAUACUGAACCUGAAGACUGGGAAACUGGAUGCUUUUAUUUAUGAUGCUGCAGUAUUGAACUAUAUGGCCAGGAAGGACGAAGGUUGUAAGGUGAUGACCAUAGGCUCGGGGAAGGUUUUUGCCACCACAGGCUACGGUAUCGCCCUGCACAAAAACUCACGCUGGAAACGUCCUCUUGACCUGGCCCUGCUGCAGCUGGUGGGAGAUGAUGAGAUUGAGAUGCUGGAGCGCCUCUGGCUGUCAGGUAUCUGCCAUAAUGACAAAAUUGAGGUGAUGAGCAGCAAACUGGAUAUCGACAACAUGGCCGGGGUCUUCUACAUGCUGCUGGUGGCUAUGGGACUCAGUCUGCUGGUGUUUGCCUGGGAGCACUUGGUCUAUUGGAAGCUGCGCCACUGCAUGGCCACCAGUUCUGGCAAAUUGGACUUUCUCCUGGCAAUCAGCAGGGGCAUGUAUAGCUGCUGUAGCUUCGAGGAUGAAACAGCACCAGGUGGAUCUAAGUCUUUGCCGGCUCACCACCACACCGCAAUGGUUACAGUCCCGUCCCAGCCACAUGUUGUCUCAACGUCUAUGACCAACCCAGUCAUGGCCAUGGCGCAACAGCAGCAACCACCGCAACAGCAGCAACCGCAGCCCGUCUACAAAACACCUCUACCGGGCUCUCCUCCCACCGUGGUGCAUUCUGGGACAGCACUGGGUCCCUCCAACACCCCCAUCGCUGGUGCACCCCUCCCUUGCUCCACCUUUCUGCCCCGGCCAGACCGCAGGCUGGCUGUGGUGGAUCGCUGGAGGCUGCCCAAAUCUGCUACAGCCACCAACCCGUUGGCUGUCAGGGGGGCCAUCACUGACAUGGGACCCUUUGCUCAGAAAGUCCCACCAAACUGGGCUUCAACUGCUGGAGGGGGUGGGGGACUUGAUGGCUAUAAGAGAUACUAUGGUCCCAUUGACCCUGAGGGACUGGGGCCCUGCAUGGAGCAGCAGGCAGGGUCCCAGACCCCCAAGACUAUGCCCAGGGGCCAUCCCCAGCCCCCUCCAGCUAGUGUGGCCUUCUAUUCAGAGAAGGGCAUGGACCACGGGGUGGGGAAGAGGGUGGUGGGAGGUGGCAGCGGAGGUCAGGGGAAAGGGGCCAGUAAACCUCUUGGCACUCCCAGACUGCCUCCUAAGAGUCAGGCCCCUCUGCCUCCUACACCCCCACUGCCACACCCCUCUCCCCCUCUCCCCUCAUCCUUCUGGAGGAAGCGGAGGCCCAAGAAGCCCAAAGAGCCUGGAGGGCCGCUGUAUGAGAACAUUCUGCCACUGGGGCGGAGGGGAGGAGCACGAGACGGAGUGAGGGAGGGAGGAGGGAGGAGGGCACGCCCCCUCUCUCCCCCGCUCUCACUUCCUGUGCCAGUACCCCUCAGCCCCUCUUACACCCCUCCUUCGCCCUCUGCAUCUUUGCACUAUACGUCCUCCUCCUCUUCGUCAACCACCUCGUCCACAUCCACAUCCUCAUCGGCUUCAUCUUCUCGCUCCACCUCUCCCACCUACUCUUACAGCUCCUCUAGGAGCACGCGAGACAGGACUGGAGGAAUAGACGGAGAGGAUGACGACGAUGACGAGGAGCUGACAGAAGAGUCGAGCCUCCUCCUCGGCAGGGGGAGGGAGAGGGAGCGCUCAAUCAUCCGGCCUCGUUCCCUCAGCCACGGGCGCCUGCCACCACCCAUACCCCCCAGGAAACCACGCACAUCCUGGGGUGACAGAGAGAGGGAGCGAGAGAGGGAGAGAGGCGGGAGCCAACUGUCUCAGCUCCAAGAGUGGUGGGCAAGCUGGAGCGAGCGAGAGAGGAGCGGAGCGGGUGGGGAUGCUGAGAGACAUCGUAUCCCCAGUAAGCGCUACCCUAACCUCAACAAACUCCCAGCAUCAGUCAAAUUUUGGGUGAAUGGGAGAGGUGAUGAUUCCAAUACUCCUCCAACAUCCCUCCACCCGCUUAUACCAUCCUCCAAGAGGAGAAGAAGUGGAGGGAUUGACAGGGAUGAUAGUGGGAGGGAAGAGGAGGAGAGAGUGAGGGAGCGGGUGGAGGAGAGGGGACGGAGAGUAGGUAGGGGGGCGGUGUCUGAGUCAGAGAGGGACAGGGCCAGGGCGGAGGAUAGUUAUUCAGAUGAGGGCUCGUCAGGGGAGUUUGGGCGUUUUGAAAGAUACUGGGAAGGAGGUGCAGGGGGGAGCAGCAGUGGGAUAGGAGGCAUAGGAGGAGGAGGCUGGUUCUUUGGCACGUACCCCUCCAGAGAGAAAGGAGGCAGCAUCAACAGUCGGGAUGAUUCCUUGUUAGGAACUCGAGCAGAGGGAUGGAUCGGUGCUGAUUUUUGGGGUUCAGGGCCAGGAGUAGGGUGGGGCUCAGGGGGAGGGAGCGGAGGGCUCGGCUCACAGUGGCCGCCACCUCCCGCCGCCUUCCCUCCGCCAAGGAGAUACUGGUCUAUGGACAAGAUCCCUGUGAAGGGAGAGAAAAAGUGGAAGAGUGGAGGAGGGAAGAGCAAAGGGCGAUCUAGGGACAGAGGGGAAGAAACAGGACGGGCCACCAUGUGCUCUUGUAGCCUUUACCCCCAACCCCACCCGUACCCGCACCCCCACAGCCGCUCGCACACCUCCCACUCCAAGAGAGGAGCCACGGCGCUCUCCCACAGCCAGGAGGAGCUUCUCCCCCACUGCCACAGCUUCAGCGGGGGUUCUCGCCCCAAACCUCUGCCCCCGAAACCAGAUUCCAGUCAGGCCAAAUCAGGCAGCCAAUCUAACCUCAGCCUCAGCACACAGCCCACAGACCAUCCACCUCAGCCCUCGCCGUCGCCGCCCCAGCAGCCGUCCAUGUCUCCCACCUCCCUCCCGAUGCCCAUCCCGCCUCCGCCCUCCUCAUCCUCCGUCUCGCCACCAGCAGGGGUCGGGAUGGUGGGCCAGGGCCAGGCUCAGGCUUCGGCCAGUGCCAAACUCCAGUAUCAGAGACUGCGCUCGGUGCCACAGCCACGGAGGUUCUACUCCCCCCACCUGCCGCUCAAAGCCAAGAGCCUGUGCUCACGCCGAGGGUCGGCCCACUUCUCCAGCCUGGAGAGCGAGGUAUGA